CAGGAGAUGGAGUGUCUGGGGACCUCGAGCGUUUGAUGGCGACCUUUCUGUCCAGCUCCACGAAUAGUGCGGUCGGCCAAAGCACCACGAUGAGCGCUCUUGCGUUUCCGGGGAUCGGUUGCUGCUGAGCUCUCGAGGGUUUGGAGCAAAUCGAUGCCCUUUUAAUUCUGGAUUGGAAACGGUGAUCGAGCACGAGGACGAGCAGUUUCGGUCGUUGUUGUGCAGUGAAGGAACGAAUUGAUUCGAAGCAAAAGAAAUUGACGAAAAUUUGGUGGGAAAGAAAGAAAGGCUGGAUCGCGAAGUCGAGCGAAGUGGUGGUGCGUGUUGUGUAAGGAUCUGACGAAUAUAGGGGCUCCUGCGUACUAUUUGGAAUUCUUUUUCCGGACGUGAAGCACGGAAUUGAGAAAAGUUGGACGAAUUUAGCGAUUGUACUGUUCGCCCGUCCGUGGAAUUUGCUGUGAGAGGAGUCUUUCUCCCUGUGGUAUUCGAGCCGGAGUCGUAGGGUUGUGCGGACUGGACUGCGGGACGGCCCUUGUCUCAGUUUGUUCGAGUGUAAUUUGCGUCGCACAGGGAGGUUUGAGAGAGUCUUGGAACAGGGUUAGGUCAGUGGUUUCAGCGAGGGAAAGUUUGCGGAGGAGGUGGGAUUUCGUUGCAGGGAACUUGUGAAAGGUUUUGAAUCUCUACUGGAAGUCGACAACGACAAGGGGCGAGCCAAUGUUGUAGUCUUGAAUUUCUUGGGAGGGAGGAAGGGAGCGAUGUCGCUUCCGCUUACCCGUCGUCAAAGGAAUGUUCUAAUUGCUUGCGCUGCCGUCGGUGCGGGGGGCUACAUUUCUUAUAGAAUUUAUACGUCUCCUGCUGUCGCACGGAAACGACGGCAAUUGUUUUUGUUUUUCGAGUCGCUUUCUUCGUUGCUUGAAGUCACUGCAAAGGGAGGCGACUGCGCUGGUUUAUUGUGGACAGAUUUCCACAACUUUCUUCUCACCGACAAGGAUGAGGUGCCCCAGAGUCUGAAGCAAUUACUGAAAGUUGGCCAAACACGAGAGUUUCAACUUUCUGUAGCGGCUCUAUGUCGUUCUGUGACACAGGGGGUGGUAAGUUCGCUGGCGAGAAGUGGCCCUUCUCUGUCCGAUGGCACCGAGUACGGUUCUGCCUUAUACGAAGAGCUUUCGUUCAGGAAAGAUGGUUUGCGCAAGACAGGGAAGACAUCCGGUGAGCUAGGUUACAGAGAUUCGCGGCAUUCUUGGAAAGACAGGAGAUUACGAUUGUCGGGUGAAACCGAUGGCUCGCAGUACAAGGAGGCGUAUGAAGAUGAUGAUGGCAAGUUCGAUGGUGCUGUCAAGAAGGAUAGAAUGGAAAGAAGCGAUAGCGCGUCGCGAUUUGAUGUCGAAGACGACGAAGAUGACGUAGGAAGGUAUUCUGCGUGGAUGACUUCAAGAAACUAUUACAGAGCAGAAAGUGCUGCGGACGGUGGAAAAGGAAAGAGCAGGUCCCAAGGUGAUAGAAGACUAAAGGGCGAAGGGAAAGCAGAAGGGCUACCUGAGCGUCUGGUAGGCAAGCUUUUUACGGAGGCUGGCAAAGGCUUUGCCUCCGCGGUAGUUGCGAGUGCUGCUAGAAGUAUCGUGCUGUCUGUGCUGCAAGGUAUGGAAGAGAAGAAAUCGCAAGACAGAAAACCACAGGUUUGGAGCUCCUCCGAUUGGUCUCCGGAAGCAUGGAAGGAGGACUCGGUGGAGAAACCGGUGUCGAAGGAUGGGAUUAUCCCGGAUUCGCCCAGGAAACCGGUCUUCAGUGAACCUGCUUCCGGCCACAGCAUGCAGGACAAUUUGAUAGACUUUGCAUCCAGUAGCAAAGGGAAGGCUUUAAUCGCCGAUUGCAUUGAGACCUUCAUAGGAACGGCAGUCUCCGUUUAUCUGGCAAAGACACGAGAUGUCAACUUUUAUGAAGAUAUGAUUGCUAGUGUAGUUAAACCUUCUCAUCGGGUGCCAGUGAAAGAGCUUCUUACUUCAGUAUGCAAUGGAGCGGUGGAGACUUUGAUCCGAACUUCCCACGAUGUUAUGUCUGCCGGUUCCUCCGGGUCCUCUCAAAGUGAACCUGAGUGUUCCGUUGUUGAAAUUGACAGUCCCCUCUCCAGCGGAAAACCGAUGUUUGCUUUGGACAGUGCUGGCUUCUCCUCAGAUUCAGCUCAUCCUCGACGUGGCGAUGAUGGAAAUGGCAGAGGCGAAGGACAGGCUGAUAAUGCCGAUCCUGCAGCUUCUGCUCCUUGUACUCCAGAAAAUAGUGAAACCCAGAGCUUGGCCAUGUCUGGCCUGAAGGGUGUAAACAUUUCUUUUGAUCAAACUCCGCAAGUUGACAAAGUUUUGAGAGUGGACUCCGACAAGUCGCAACAGGUCACGUUGGUGCCCGGUCGUGAGAACAACGGAAAGUCUGCUGUAAAGGCCGACAAGGCGGCAGUGGGUUCCAAAAAUUGGGUUGAUGGGAUUUCUCGGACCUUGGCAGUACCGAGCAAUCGUGCUCUGGUUUUGGAUGUAGCUGGAACCAUGACUCACGAAGCAGUUCGCUCAGCAAUUGAAGUGGUUGCCGAGAAGGUAUCGCAUCCUUUUAGAAGCAAAAAGAAAGAAGUUCCAAAAGAUGAAAAGCCUUCGACUUCGACAGUUGUGAAGAUCGUUACAAAGACAGGAGACUUGGCCAUAGCUACUGCAUCUAAAGCUAUGGUUGUCAUGACAAUGUGUCUAGCUCUUUGUUUGCACACACUUGUCGGACCCGCACGAUAUGCCCAAUCCCUAUGACCAUACUCAUUGGGCUUUCGGUGUGUUGUUGCUAUUGGACGAACUACUCUCACGGGGAGCACUGUGUGGUAGUCGGAGCUUCAGGCCUGGAGGUAAGCUCGUAGGACCGGAAGAGCCUUUUAUAUUUCUGCUCAUUGGCUUAUGAGCAACCUGAACUGUAUCGGACUUUAGAGAUAUACCAGUGUGGUAGAACAUUCUUGCCGCGUAGUUAGUUAUUGUAUAGUGUUACAUCUUGUGCAAACUGUAAACAGGUGGGGAACUUACUUCACACCGAUGUUAGUUACGAUUUCAUAUACAUUGGAAUCAACAUAAACGCGGAGAUUCUCUUCAGAUCAAAUCUCUAGCUUCUGUUAACUCGAAUUUACAGUCAGGACAGGACGAAUCUUGUCAUGUGCACGUGAUAGCUUUUUCUUUAUCCUCACGUGAUAUGACUCCGAUGAUCCUCAAACUGCUCAAGCUUCCUGGACUGGACAAUUUAAAGUGCAGGGCUCGUAAGUAAUAAUUUGCUCACUAUCUUCGAGCAUUUAGUCACGUUUCUACUCUCGACCACCAAGUUUUGCAAGGCAUGUGUUUUGGAUAUUAUCUGUAUAUAUCGGUUUGUUUUAUGACUUCUCCGGUGGUCUUACUGAGCACUGGACCUGGGAGAUCUCUCACAAAGGAUCCACGGGAUUUUUCGUUCUACACGCUUGAAUUUGUU